GAUCCGGCUUGUCGAGUGCAUGCGGACUGUCAGCCUGUUGGAUUACACCAUGUGGAAGAGCUACGGAGCUUGGUGCCAGGACGGACUCUCACAUUUAAGAAGAUGACAGCUUUGGUGUUAACACAGAUCCCCAGGGACGUCUUUGAAAGCAACAUUAAGUGUUUACACAGCAGAAAUGUCCGCAACUGCAAGUCCAACCAUUCCCUCAUCUCAGCUGACAUCGGAUCAACUCACAGUGGUCGCCGCGUGUUUUUCCUCCCUGGUGUUCUUUGUUGUGAUUGUGGUUCUCCUGUCCAUCAUUUACCGCAAGGACCCUCAGUGCUGCAGAUUGUGCUCCUAUCAGGAACCCCAUGCAGAUAUGGAUGCGCCUCCUCAGUACUACAACAGCAGGCAGAUACUGGUUGGAUCACCUUGUUUAGAGGAGACACACAUCCCGGAUGCCAAUGAUACUGACGGGAGUCAGCUGUUCUAUGUCGGCCUGCCCUCCAGCUACAGUCUGGCCUCUCUGGAGCCCCCCCUGCCCAGGCUGCCGUCCUAUGAGAGUGUCCGAAAAAAGGAUCGCCAGAGGCAGAUCCACAUGAUGAUCGCGGACCGCUUUGGCCUCAAUGGGCCCAUUGAAACGGAGCCACCACCCUCAUACGAAGAAAGCAUCCGCCAGUCUGUGGAGCUGCCGAGCGACAUCCUCUCUUCUAGUUUGGAUCCUACUUCAACAUCGGGUAACGAAACAGACUCUCUACCUGUUUCUCAAACGGACAACUCUCAGAGCAGCCGCAGUGAUCAUCCUGCAUGAUGCUGAGCUAUGAAGACAUUUGAUGAAUGUGGCAAACUUGACAACGAGUGGAAUCUAGACCACAACAUCGGAACAUUCUUGAUUGAAAUACCUCAAGACGGAUUUCUGAUUAUCAGAAGCUGGGCAACCAAAGAAGAGCUGCACAGAUUUGUGCAACGCACAAUGGGAAAAAAAGACAAUGAUGCUGGUACAACUUGAAUUGGACGGUGAAAUGAAGACUCCAUGAAAAAUGUUGGCUGAAGGACUGACAAAAAAAAAACGUUUUUUUUACUUGUUAUAAAGAUAUUGUGUCAGUGGAAGUUAGUUUAAAUAAAAAGGACGUACAAAUGCUAAAUUUUGAUGAAUUAAGGAUUCCUGUAAAAAAAAACAUUUUCAUAAUGUAAUUCAUGAAAAACAAAACAACCAAUGGGACGCAAAUUAUGAAUCAACCAAGAUAAUUAUGUAUUGUCUUCUUUUCCUUUCGGCUUGUCCCAUUAGGGGUCCCCACAGCAUGUCAUUUUAGAUGAACGCAUAUUUUUUUGGCACAGUUUUAUGCUGGAUGGCCUUCCUGACGCAACCCCUCUUUAGCCGGGGAGAGAAGCUGACAGUACCUGGUAUUCCCAAGUGGUCUCCCAUCCAAGUACUAACCCAGGCCAAACUUGCUUAGCUUCCGAGAUCGGGCGGUAUCAGGGUAGCAUGGCUGUAAGCCAGUUAUGUAUUGUAAUUUGGUAAAUGCAACAAAUGCUAUGUGAUAUCACAGAGGUAUUGGACUGGAUUCUGGUCAUCAAUGACCCACUGCAAACCGAUCACAGUGGAGAAUGUUACAGCCAACAGGUUGUCCACAGAGUAUCCGGUCUCCCGUAUGUCAGUCACAUGUAUAGUGAGUGUGGCUUGGCGAGCCUCAUUGGACCCGUGUUCCUCUUUGCAUAAUAGAACAUAUAUUGUGGC